AUGGCAAUUAACCUACUAUUUCUUGCUCAUCAUUACCGAAUUAUUAAUUCAGACAGUGUGUUUAAUAAUUCCUCAUCAACAAUUCUCCAAGAAUCGGACGAUCCCUAUAUUCUCGAUAUCUCGAUAAAUAGCUGUUUAGCUUACAACUACAGAAAACCCGACUGUGGAAAACCCAGCAGUGGCGAUGGAAAAUUUGGUGACUUGACUGAGUAUGACGGAGGUUGGACUAGAUUGGACAAGGACUUGUGUCUAGGAUUAUCAUGGUUCAGAAGGGAAAUAUUGUGGGUUAAGACAAUUAAUCGUGACAAUUAUCAGAAAUUGCUCGACAGGACACAGUUAGCAGAUGAGGUGGUUAUCGAAAUUGCGGCUCUGGAUCCUGAGGCUGAUUUUAACGUGAAGGGGAGUCAGGAAUUGCAAGUGCCUGCUUAUGUUGUACAAGACUAUUUGAAGCUGCUACUGCAGACAAGUGAUGAACUAUCUCAGAAAGCUCUGUCUAAACAAAACAAAGGUGGUGGUGUUGGCUCCAUUCCGACUAGAGAAGAAUUAUCCAAGAGCGGUUGGGAACACAGUUCAAAUGGACUCUGGUUAAAGUACGGUCCUCAUGAUAGCAAGGGUGCAAUCACGGCAAUUGAUGUAUUAUUCGGGCUGGAUGCAGUUGAUCCGAGACCCAACUGGAACUUUGUCGAAUCUUCGAUCAAAGAUGUUUGCAGUUUAGUGGGAUACUCGGCCUUUUUAACGUAUCGUCGAGGACCUAGAGUCGAUUACAAAAAGCGCUACAAUAAGCCAUUGGUUAUGAAUAAGAAUGACGAGUUCAAGAUCCUUCAAGUUGCCGAUUUGCAUUUCUCCACCGGUAAUGGGGUAUGUUUCAAUGCCGAGCCUCCCUCGUCCACAAUUGGAUGUCGUGCUGAUCCAAGGACAUUGGAAUUUGUGAAUAAAGUUCUUGACAUUGAACAACCAGACUUGGUUGUAUUAACCGGGGACCAAAUAUUUGGCUUAACUGCUCCUGAUUCAGAGACUGCUGCAUUGAAAGCUUAUAGCCCUUUUAUUGAACGUAAAAUACCGUUUGCUGCCGUAUUGGGAAAUCACGACGCCGAAGGGUCAUUAGCAGCCAAAGAGUUGAUGCAGUUGUUUGCUGAUCUUCCCUACAGUGUCGGUGUUGUUGGACCCGAAUCAAUUGAUGGGUAUGGAAAUUAUGUCACCACAGUACAAGGUAAAUCAAACUCGUCAGUGGCUUUGGCUCUCUACUUUGUUGAUUCGCAUGACUAUAGUCAAAAUAAACAGGAGUAUCCCGGCUACGAUUGGAUCAAAGAAAAUCAGUUGGAGUACAUGAAAGAGCAAGCCAAAGCAAUCAAGGGUGGAGUUGCGGAAUUUGAAAAAGAAAAAGUGGAGCAGAAUGGCAAAACAACAAACAAAAAACAUUUAUCAAUGGCGUUUUUCCAUAUUCCUGUACCUGAGUUCAAAAACACAACAGAGACAUUGGUUGGUGGGCAUAGAGAAGAAAGCGGUUCUCCUUUGUAUAAUUCGGGUGCCCGUGAUGCAUUCCAAGAAAUCGGUGUUAAAGCUAUUAGCAUUGGACAUGAUCAUUGUAAUGACUUUUGUUUGUUGGAUAAACGUCAAUCGUCUCCUACAGAAGAAAAUCAAAUAUGGUUGUGCUAUGCUGGAGGAGUCGGAUUGGGUGGCUAUGGCUGUAGUGGAUAUGAAAGAAGAAUGAGAACGUAUGUGUUUAAUACAGCUAAGGGAGAGAUUAAAUCCUGGAAGAGGGCUGAAAAUGAACCCGACGAAAAGAUUGACGAGCAGAUCUUGGUGUUUGGGGGUACAGUUGGAAAUUGGGACUAG